GCAGAUGAUUUAUUAGUGUGACAGGUUCCUCUCUAGUAACAGUAAGUAGGAGUCCUUUGACGUUUCAAUAUCCUAUAACAUAGACCACAAAGUAAGGGUAAACAUUACAGUUGACUAAAUGAGAACAUGAUAAAGGUACGUGCUUGUUGCUAUAUUUACCUGUGCAUUUUAGCAGUUCUUCCAUCAGUGAAACUGAAUGACAACGAUCAAGCAGCUAAUAAAGACACUCUGUGUACUUCCUGCUCCUUGAGGCAGAACAGCAAGUCUACAAGACUAGAAGCUAUAAAAUUCCAGAUACUUAGCAAGCUUCGCUUGGAACAGGCACCUAACAUCACCAAGGAAGUUAUAAAACAAAUGUUGCCAAAAGCUCCACCUCUGCAAGACAUAAUUGACCAGUAUGAUGUUCAAAGCGAUGCAAGCAUUGAGGGGUCCUUAGAAGAUGAUGAUUAUCAUGCAACUCCUGAAACAUUCAUUAUAAUGCCAACAGAAAAUGAUUUGAACUAUGAAACAUCCAAAACAAAAAAAUGCUGUUAUUUCAAACUGAACUCUGAAAUUCAGUCAACUAAAAUAUCCAAGGCACAAUUAUGGAUACAUCUAAAGCCUGUCCAAAUGCCUGCAACAGUUGUGGUGCAAAUCCUGAGACUCAUUAAACCCUUGAAAGAUGGUACAAGACACAUUGGAAUCCGAACAUUAAAACUUGACAUGAAUCCAGGACCUGGAACUUGGCAAAGCUUCGAUGUGAAAACUGUUCUGCAAAACUGGCUGAAGCAACCUGAAACCAAUUUAGGCAUUGAAAUUAAAGCGUUGGUUGGAAAUGGAGAAGACCUUGUCAUUACCAACAAUGAAAACGGCUUGGAUCCAUUUUUGGAGGUCAAGGUCAUAGAUAUGCCGAAAAGAUUGAGAAGAAACGUUGGAAAUGACUGUAAUGAGCAUUCAUCUGAAACAAUGUGCUGUCGAUAUCCAUUAACAGUAGAUUUUGAGGCUAUUGGCUGGGAUUGGGUGAUUGCACCAAAAAGAUAUAAAGCCAACUAUUGUAUUGGAGAAUGUGGUAUUGAAUAUCUGCAAAAGUACCCCCAUAGCCAUGUUGUUAACCAAGCAAACCCUAAAGGGCCCACUGGGCCAUGCUGUUCCCCAGCUAAAAUGUCUUCUAUUAAUAUGCUUUAUUUUAAUGAUGAUGCAGAAGUAAUUCAAGGAAAAAUUCCAGCUAUGGUAGUAGAUCGUUGUGGGUGCAUGUGACCAUUCCUUUAUGGCAUCCUAUAAUGUAUGGAUUUUCAUGGAAAGCUACCAUCGGAGACAGUAAUAAUAUGCGUAGAUUAUUUCUAUAGCUUCCAAAUUUAUGUCUGAGCCUUUGUGAGCCAAUUCUAAGUCUCACUAAAUACAAAUAGGAAAUCAUAAACUGUAAGUUAAACACAUGAUUCCUUUUAGAAACAUUACACAUUUUCAAUUAAAGCGUAUCUAAACCCAAGGACAAGAAAUGUAUUUAUUGCUAUUUAUUGCUAUUUACUAGCCAUUAGAUGCUGUUGCUGCAUUAAUUUCUUUCCUCUAGCACUUUUCCCUCUUUGUUUACCUAGUGAUUCUGGCAGUAAAAUACUUUCUGUCCUACAGAGACAACGUUUUAUAUUGUAUCUAUGGAUAGAAAGCAUUGUCAUCCUAGGACAGGAAGUGUGUUUGGAUUACAGAAUUGAUCAUACUCUCCUCUUCGCCAUAGCACAGGUAAUGUCCUGCAGUCCAUAGAGAGAGCUCAAGUGGAGCUGAUACUAAUGUCUGACAUAUCAACUAACUACAGGAAGUUAAAUGUCCACUGGAUUUGCGAAAAGGUUGUUUUUUUUUGCACCUAUGGCGCACAGGUAUAACAAAGCAUUUUCAAUGCAAUAUUUAACAGACCAAAAGGUAGCAAAUAAGAACAAUUCAUUGUUAGGGUUUACAUACACUUUAAUAUCAGUUUUUUAGUUCACAAAGAAAAUAAUGUUCUAUAUGUGUAUUGUCAUUGUCGUCAGAAUAUGGCAUAUAUUAAAUAUCUUAACAAAACUUGAAAAGGAUAAAACAGAAUACAAAUUCCAUGUAUGAUUCUCAAAGGUGUUUUUUCAGUUUAUUUCCUUUUUUGGUGUUUUAUGAUUGUGGGACAUUAAUUCGUAUAUAUUUUGAAAUGAUUAUGAACCUACUGACUCCAGGCAUUUGUGUACAAAGUAUGAGGUGUAUUAUGCUGUAAUAUUGCAAUGAGAUACAAUCUUGGAUACAUAAUGAUAAUUUCUAAUCCCUUCAUCAAUUUGCACUUCUAUUUUCUAAUUCCUCAUCCAAGUAUGUGAAAGUCGUACUCUGUUAAAAAUGCUCUGCUUUUUUACUCCCAUUGUAUGUAUGUGUUCUGUAUUAUAAUAUUUUCUGAUUUAUAUGUUGUGUUUAUCUGUAAUUCAAAGCAGGGUUGUACAUACAUCCUUUCUAUUCAAAAUCAAGUAAUGUUAAUAACAAAGAAAUCAUAAUUAAACUGUAUUUAUGGAUGAAAACAAAAUCGUAAUAAGAGAAAGUAGUUAUUUGUUAUGCAGCUGUGUAAUUCACUAUUUAAAUUUACCAUAUCCAGUUCGGUAUGAACAAACAAAUCCUGCACUUGUAAAAAAACAUUUACAAUAAAAAAGCUUAAUUUAUUUAAAAAAAUG